AAGAGGAAGAGGAAGAGGAAGAGGAAGAACACAUAUGUGUGCGCGUGUGACUGCGUGUGUUGUAAAAAAGGCGGGAAGAAACGCGAAGCGACAACGAAUGGAUCGCCGUCGGAUAAGCAAUUCUAUUCGCGCCGCUCUCGCGAUACAAGGCGCAACGCGAAAUUCCCCCGCCGAAAUGGCCAAUCCUUAAGUGGGGAAGGACGAGGGAUCAGGGAGAAUAUCGACGAGAUAUGGCUUGCCGCGCGCGACCACGAGGGUUCAACUUGGAUGGCGGAUUUCCAUGAUGAAGCAGCCCGCAAACUCGAAGAGUUUGACGAAGAGCCGCGCAGAAACGAUCUCGGCCGCGAUCGCACGGGGAGUCGCGGCAGAUGGAGGCUCCAAGAGACAUCGUGCAUUCGCGCGGCAUCGCGAGAGCGUCGAUCUCUUCCUCUGCGGACCUGCGCGUUUCCGGGAAAUGGACGAGGCUGACUUCCGGAAACGACAAGUGCGGCAGGAACGGCCAAGUCGCCAGGAUGCAGGAACGACGGGACUCCAGGUGCGCAGGGUAGAAUGAAUCGUCCGGAGGACCCGCUGUUACAGCAGCAUCGCAGCCGUCUGCUGCAACUGGCCGAGGCGACGAACAUCAAGCCCGGACAUGGCAGCGGGAAGAGACGUGGCCAGAGGCAGUCGCACGGUUUCAGGCCCAGCAACGGCGGGCCCGGCGCGGCAAGUCGCCGGACGCUCCAGGACAUCGUCAGGAGCGACCCUGGAUACACGCCGAACAUCGAGCACUUAGUGUUCCCGGAGCGCAAGAGCAGUAAUCCGAAUUUAGCCGGCGUCGCCGAUGGCUCGUCGCCAAGUAAGUCCAAGUCAAACGCGACGAGCUCGGGAAGGUCCAGGCUGGCCGAGGUGUUCGCUCGGCACUACGCGAGAGGAUCCUCGCAGGACUCGACCGUUACGUCCAGGAAGAAUCACGUGAAUAGUACAUCGCUGGAUGGUGGGAGCGCGAUAGGUCAUCAGCCGCCGGGCCCCGCCGGGCCCACGGUGGUGACGCGAAAUGCCGGGCGCCGUUGGCUGUCGCAGAACUCGCAGUCCUCGAGGCAGCACUCGGCCGAAGAUGGGGUACGUGGGGGCAACGUGGGCGUCGGAGGGCCCGUUUCGAUCUCGUCCUCGAGCCAAGCUCCUGGCCAGGCCGCGCCUCCCGCCCUGCCGCCGCGGAGAGUCAGUCCGGCCGCGGAUACAAGCGAGAUCAGCAACGCAGGCUCUAUCUCGCGCGUUGACAGGGGCCCGAACGUGUCGAUCCUCCAUCUCCGCAAUACGUCGGACCCUUGGGAAGUCGGCUCUCAGGGCUCCUCGUACAGCGUCAGCAGCAACAAGAGCCAGACCGGCAGCAGAGGGAAAUCCGCUGGGAGUGCGCGCGGUUCCUACAGCCGCGGCAGUUCGAUACCUUCCUUGAAACGUCACGAUACAUCCACGUCGACCACGUCGACGUCGAGCCUCAAGCAUCGCCAAGACAGCCAUGGUCAAAUCUCCGGCUCCCGAAGGCGCGAGGCCACCAACCCCUUCCUGUCGGGCAACAGCGGCACGUCCGGUGAGCUCUUCAUCAGCGGCAACUGCAGCCGCGAGUUGUCGCCCGUGCGCUGGUGCGACCAAGAGGUCGACGGCGUCUACCUGGGCCGCUCCGGCUGGGUGCAAGUGCAGCAACGGUCGUUGGACGAGAACCGUCGGUCGAACUAUGACAACCUAGUGAACGCGAUCACCGGCACCCUGCCGCUGCCGCGGCGAGUAGCGGUGAAGCUGGCGGACUAUCACUGCAACAGCGAGCCGGGCAAGUGUCCGUUGGAGUUCUCCAGGCUGGCAGACUCGCAGAGACCGGACUACCUCGCUCUGCAUAGCCAGGACUUCGACGCGAUCACGACCAGCGCCUGCACGUCGCCCCACAACAUCCCGGAGUCCUUCUCGCCGCCGUCGGUCACGCCGAUCAUAUCGCCGCCGCCGGCGUUCCAAGACGCGGUCGGUAGGAAGUCGUUGUCGCGCCACUCCGGGCGCAGCGGCUACGGCAAGGCGCCCUUCUUGCCGCGAUCAAACGCUAUUGUCGACAGCGAUAUCAUCAGCCCACCGCCGUCGCCGCAGCCGCCACCGCCGCCGCAGCACCAGGUCAACUGGAGCUCCCUGCCGUCCGCCGUCAGGAAGAGCUCCGCCUCGGCGUCCGCCAGGUCGAAGCGGCAGAACUCCAGCCAGCAACAGCAGCAGCAACAGCAGCAGUAUCGCAUGGCGCAAGCCAAGUCUCUGGAGGACCAGUCGUCCUCCAGGAGAUCGCAGUUCGCGCAGAGGUACAUCGAGUCGUCCAGCUCGUCGUCGUCGUCCAUGGGAUUCAGGAGCCUCGACAGUUGCGUCACCAAGUCCAUCAUGCCCAGCUUGGCGGAGAACACGGAUUCCUCGGUAGAAGGAUAUGACGACGGUGACGAAGACGACAAUCCCAGCUCUUCCUUGAAUCUCAGCUUGGUGUCGUCGUCGGCAGUCGCGUUGAACUCGUCCACCGAGUCGAUCCGCGCCAAUGGCGAACGGAUCUCGCCCAACAGGCAAGGUGUUAUAUCUAGGAGAAUCCAUCGAAGUCAACAGGGACUUAGAAGAUCCCCGGGAUCUUCCGAGUCGGGGAAACAGAUGUUCAAUUCGCCCUCCUCGUCGUCUUCCUCGUCAAGCAGCGAUGGGCGGCAAGGACGGUCCACGCCUAAUCCCUUCAGGAGGGCUAAUAUUCCGAGGCAGCAUCAAAGCGCCAGGACGAAUCAGGUGUCGCCUGAUUCGCAUCAGUCCCGAGUCCGGAGGUCCAGGAGCUUACAGUUGCCGGAGAAGCGGUCGCCGGGGGCGAGCGGCGGCCAGAGGGAUCACUCGAACGAAGCUCACAGGGUAGUCGUGAAGAUUGUAAAUGAUCGAUCAGGCGAGAGGUCCAAGCGCCUUGUUCUUCAAAACCGGAAAGCUCAGUCCACCGACGACGGCGUGAACGAGAAUCUGCUGCGCGAGGCGGAAGUGGUGACCGAGUACCUGUACGGCACGCGAAGCCGCGCUGCGGCGAGAAGCCUGUUGUCGAGCCGCUACGAGCGUCGCGAGGACAGUCAAGAGCAGAGGCGAGGCAAUCCCAACAACACCUACGAUGUCUACAUUAUAUCCUCCAAGCAGCAGCAGCAGCAGCAGUCGUCGAAAGUGUCGAAUUCUUCGCAGCAGCAACAGCAGCAGCAGCAGCAACAGCAGCAGUUGUCGAAAGCGUCCAAUUCUUCGCAGCAACAACAGCAGCAGCAGCAGCAGCAGCAGCAGCAGCAGCAGCUGCAACAACAACAACAACAACAACAACAACAACAGCAGCAGCAACAAUCCAGACGACCGCGCACUCUGCAGAGAGGCGCUACGACGCCGAACACGAACACACCAUCCAGCAACCAAGACUUCUGCAUGAGCCCGGACACGAAAUUACGCUGCAACAGCAGCACAUGCGACUUCUGGCCUCACUGCUCGCAGAGAGAAAGUCUGUACUCGCCGAAUCAGGCGCCGGUCUUCAUGAAGCUGUCGCAGAGCUACCCAGCGCAUCAACGGCUCUCCACCGACGCUGGCAGCCACUGCGGCAGUGCCAGUUCCUCGCCGGCCUCCUUGGAGCGGAUGGACGAUCGGGAGCUCCGCGAGAGGGACAACUCGAGGAAGAGCAGGAGCAGCCAACAGAGCAACUCCAAGUACCAGGAGAAACCCAAGGGCGUGUUGAAGCAGGCUAAUAGGUGGUCGCCGAUGGAGGGGAGCAACGGCAACAGCUCCGGGCUGGAGAAGAGGGAUCAGAUGCAUCAUCGGGUGUACCGGAAGUCCGACUUCCCGGGCGCACUCGAGGGCGCCGAUAACAAGGAUAGGAAGGUGUCGCCCAUUCAAGGGAUGAACAUCAGCCGCUCGCCCAGCGGCCCGAUCGCCUCCUCGUCCACGAACACCCUGUCGUCCUCCAGCAGCGACAUCUGGGUCACCACGUCGGACCGCACAGUGACGAAGAGCCCACGAAACGCCAAGAGCUCCGGCGCAUCCACGCCGAUGGAGGACGCCGUGAUCGGUUCGCUGAAGACGUUGAUCGAGCCGCCGAAGGACGGCACCCUCUCCAGACCUGGCAGCGCGCCCACCAGGGGCGAGGAUCCCCUCACGAGCGACGUCGCCUUGGACCCCCACCAGCGAUCCUUGUCUUUGCCCAAGUCCUUCCUCGCGCACAACACGACCAACGGCGCUUCGACGUACAACGUAGCCACGCAGGCUGAUGGACGAGUCCGGAACGGAGGAGGGCGAGUUAUGCUAGCCUCCAGGAUGGAAAUCAUCAAUGUUCUCCGGAGCAGCAGUAAGUCAGGAUCCUGGCAGCGUGGGCAGGACUCCCAGCGAACCAGCCCUAGUCCCAGCAGGCCUCAUCGCGCGCAGGAUGCGGCCACACCUCACACAGCUCCCGUUUCCCCUUUGCACGAUCAUAGGACGAGUGGCCACGCCGGAAGGGAGAGAAGGCGAAUCCUCGGCCUCAGCAAGGCUCAACGGCGAAUCAAAGCGUCGAGCACUCCGGCUCUUUUGGAUAGGGAUCACGACAGCCGACACUGGUCCGGCGAUGAGGAGGACGAAGGAACGACCGGUCACGUGACCACCGAGCAUCCCUUGGCCGAGGCAACGAUUCCUCUGGUCAGUCACUCCAGACUGCAGGAGCCGCCGUCCGUCCUGAAUGUCGCCAAUGUAUCCACUGGCGGAAGCCAGAACGCGCAUCGCGCGGCCGCGCACAGCCAGCAGGAGAGCGUGUUGCAGAAAUUCCGUAAGAGCUUCUCGCUGAGGUUCCACAAAAAGGGCAGCAAAGAGAGCAACGAGGAGUGUCCUGCCGAGGAUAACGACGGCUCCGGACUCUUGGACGAGGAGGAAGAGAGGGAAACGCCCCCUGUAACCUCCGAGCAAAGCAACCACCACAAGGACGAUCCUAGCAAUGACCAGAAAUUCCGGUUCGGCCCACUCGUCUGGAGGAGCAGCAAGGAGAGGAAAAAGGGUAACAAAGCUGCCCGAAAUGCAAAAUGCAACAGCGGUGACAGCGGCAUACAGAUCGAGAUGGUAUCUGGUGGAGCGUUGACUGGGGGCAGCGGUGGAGGAGUGAUGGGUGGUGGUGACAGCUCCGAGUCUCACGAUACGGAUGAUAUCCCCGACGACACCGACAGCCCUCCGGCUCUUCGCAGGCGAGUCGCCGAUAAAUUGCGACCCCAGUCCGAGCUCAUCAACCAGAUACUGAUUGACAAGUUCAAGGCGGAUCUUCAGAGCCGCGCGUCGCGGCACAAUCAUGUGCGUCGCACCAACAGCGACCUAGGCGGCCAGAGGCUGCUCCAAUGGGACACCAGGUCAGGAUACGUUCACAAUUAUCGCAGGAUGCUGUCGACUCCGUCGCCGAUCAAGACGCGGCCGCCCAGACUCAGCCCGAGGCAUUCCUCCCAUGAUAUCGUUACGCUCAGAAGUAACGCAAAAGGGAGGAGUUCUCGGACAAAUUUGAGGCGCUCGCUCAGCCAGCCACUGGGAAUCAAUCAGCUCUCGCCGCUGAUGCGCACCAAAACUGCAGGCGUGAGAUUGCCCGGUGGCAACGUGCUGUCCGAGGACGAGCAGGACGGUAGAGCUGGCACAUCCGACGACGAGAUGAUGUCCGACUCUGAAUCCUCGGUCGCCUCGUUGACGGACAGGAAGAAAUCUCUCGAGCAGACGAUGGACGAGGAUGUGGCUAUCCUGGCUGAGGCUGUCUGGGAUCACGUGGCGAUGGAGACGGAGGAGCUGGCCUUUCGCGCCGGGGACGUCAUCGACGUCCUCGAUACGCUGGACAAGGACUGGUGGUGGGGCAGCUGCAGAGGAAUACACGGAUGGUUUCCAGCCGCUUUCGUCAGGUUACGAGUGAGUCAAGAAGACACGGUGGAAGAUUGCCUGGCCGCGAUGGCUUCGGGAGUAUCGUCGGCCACUCAGCUGAGAAGGCGCACGAGCGUGUCUCUUCUCUCGAACGAGCAGGUGAGGACCAGCGUGGUCCGCGAGCUCGUCCAGACCGAGCGCGACUUCGUGAAGGUGCUGCGCGACGUCGCCGAGGGCUACAUCGCAGAGUGCCGCAGGCACACCGACAUGUUCACCGAGGAGCAGAUCGAGACGAUCUUCAUCAACCUCGAGGAGCUGCUGGACUUCCAGUCCGAGUUCCUCAAAGACCUCGAGGCCUGCAUCGAUUGGAACGCGCCGCACAAAAGCUGCGUCGGCGAGUGCUUUCUGAAUCACUUCUUUCAGACUAACGAAAAAGGUCGAAGAAUCGGAAGUAAUUCUAGGGCUGGCUUCCGCAUGUAUUCCGAGUACUGCAACAGCCACCCGAUGGCGAUGGCGACGCUGCAGGAGCUCUACCAGCACAAUCGUUACAGCAAAUUUUUCGAGGCCUGCCGGCUGAUGAGGGGUCUCAUAGAGAUCCCGUUGGACGGAUAUCUGUUAACCCCCGUGCAACGGAUAUGUAAAUAUCCCCUCCAGUUGGCGGAGCUGUUCAAGUAUACGAAAACGGAUCAUCCGGAUUACCACAAGAUCCAAGAGGCGCUGGAGGCGAUGAGAGGGGUCGCGGUGCUCAUCAACGAGAGAAAAAGACGAAUGGAGAGUUUGGAGAAGCUAGCCGCGUGGCAAAUGCGUGUGGAAGGCUGGGAGGGUGAGGAUCUCAUAGAAGUUUCGUCGCAACUGAUUUACCAAGGUGAGGCGAUGAGAGUGACGACCGGCAUGUGGACGAACAACAUCACGCUGUUCCUCUUCGAUCACCAACUGGUCUACUGCAAAAAGGACAUCCUCAAGCGCAACACUUACGUCUACAAAGGCCGCAUUUACCUCGACACCAGCGAGGUUAUCGAUGUGCCCGACGGGAAAGAUCUGCAAUCGGGCGUAACAGUGAGGCACUGCCUGAAGGUGUACAGCUGCGUCCGGGACAAGUGGCUGCUGUUCUGUUGCCGCACGGCGGACGAGAAGCGACGCUGGCUGGCGGCCAUGGCCGAGGAACGAAGAUUGGUGGCUCAGGAUAGGAAUGACGGAUUAGAGUUUCCGGCUGCAGCCAGGCAGCUCGCCAGGCUAGCCGCGAGGAGGCAGCAAAACAGGCCGCCGAUCAAGCCUCGCAAUAAAACGUACAAGAGGGAAUCGACGUACGAGAUGCCCGCGAUGGUCGCGCAGGGCACCACCAACUCGCUGGGCCGGAAAGUCGGGACCUGGUUCACAUUCGGUAGCAGCAAGAAGAGCACCCGGCUUCAACCGUCCUGAGACAGGCCUACCUUCGUGCCGUAUAUUGACUUGUAAAGCUGCGGCUUACGCGGCGCUGCGUCGUCCUGCCGGAAUCCCGGCGCCCGACUCCUCGAUACCGAUUAUACUCCGGAAAUACUUAAAAACCCGUUCGGCCGGAGACCUGAUCGAGCGCUCGAUCAGUCAGAGUUCAACAUUGUUCAGCAUGUGCAGUUGUAAUCUCGCGUGUUGCCGAGUCGUGUUUGCUGAUCGCGAAUCGACAGAGGCUCGACACCUCAACCGCUAAGGUUCCUCGGCACCGACGACGAGCAGCGCUCCGUCAUACGUACGGCACGAAGGUACUUAGGUGUUAUAUUUACUCGCUUAGUUGAGUUUGUCCUAUAACGUAUACCUCUUCUACCAAGGUAGAACAAGUGACCGAUCUGUCCUCAUCAGUCGAUCACGGUCAGUGCGUUCCGCCUGUCGAGUAAUCGCGCGACGAUCCGAAAGCAGCAGAAGGAACUUCAACGACUUUUCUCAUUCACUGCCUCUCGCGCGGAGAGACAGGCGGACGCUUCUCUCUGUUGAGUAGACGCUUUCACGUCGUCGUGCUGAUUAGAUUACCGCGCGUUCAAAGUCGGGACACCAUCUGGGUCGACGAGGAGCGCUCGUUACGUUUUCGGAACUCGUUCGGCAACGACUCCCGGCCAGUCCUCGAGCCGAUUCGCGAUCGUCUUCGCGGGAAUUUGCAAGUGUCGUUCUCGGCGCGACAUCAGCGCGUUAUCAGCGUCAACGUGAUCCGAGAAAUUGCCGUCAUCAGCCAGUUGGAGGGAUACUUUGGCGAGUGACGACGAGAGGGAUGUAACAUUGAUUUUGUAGAUACAUUUGGCGAAAGGCGCAUCGCGUACGAGACUAUCGUUAAAUAAUCCAUGAGAGUAAUCUCUACAGGAGGUAGGAAGAAAAGGAGAGAGAGAAAGAGAGAGAGAGAGAGAGAGAGAGAGAGACCUAGGGAAAAGUAGAUAGUAUAAAUGUAUAAAGUCAAUAGCGGGCUUCAGAAGUACUAAAGAGAAAGUACUAGUCACUCCUUCAUCGCGGUUUCAUAAUACAUAAACACCGUUGAGAAUGUCACGGCACGUAUAUACGAUUAUAUUGUUAAACGCGUAAUCGCUUUCUUCGAGUCGGAGCGUGAGAGCAGCUGGAUGGCACGUUAUUACAAUUUUUUAUGAUAAUCGGAAGACUGACGACCAAGAGAGAAAGACAGAGAAACGCUUCUUCGGGAGGAGAACGAUUGUAAGCUUUGAAUAGCGAGAGAAAUCGGGAGAGAGAAAUGGGAGGAGGUUUGUGAGGAUGUCGAGGUAUUACGUACGUAGAUCCGCCUUCGUCGAGAUCGCUCUCGACACUGCUACGUGUGACUUUUGUAAAUCAACUUUACGUACCCGUGGUGGUACAGCGAGAGAACUGAUCGUUUUGUAGUAUUGCGUGCAGUUCCGCGUGUGAAAGUGUCAGCAAGUUCGAUCACAACGUUACACCGCGUCGGCGACGCGAGAUUCUGAUGCUACUUUGAUGCUCGCAAUCGCCGACCGGCGAUUUGCCCCCGCGAUCAAUUUCGACCGGCCGCCGAUUCCGCACACCACUUUUCUCUCAACGAAACGUAGUUGUAUCUCGUAGACACACGAAGUCUCCAGCGAGCUAUAUACGGUAACCUCUUACUGCCUAACUAAUGUUCGUUAUUCUGCAUAAAGCAUUGUAUAAUCGUAAUACUUAUAGUAAUUUGUAAACGGGAUUGCGACUCGAGAGAUGGGAGGACGAAAAAGAGAAGAAGAAUCGACGGCGGCGAGGAAGAGCCAGAGAGAGAGAGAGAGACAGAGGGAUGGAAAUUUAUGUUUCUAUACGGUACAACACAGCAGCGGCAGUAUUAAUCACAUACGCGGAUAAACAAAAAAUGAUUAAACUAAACUUGUAAAUACUCGCAUAUCACGCCUCCCUGUCCGAUCGCGAUACGAAGCAGCGAGCUUCUAAAACAAGAAAGGAAAGGAGGAGAGAAGAGGAAGAAGAAAAAGGGAGAGACAGAAGGAGAGAGAAAUAAUAGAAGGAAUCUCUUUCGAGUUUUUCUACUCUUCUAUAGAAAAAUACACGAAGAUUCGAUAACGAGCUAGAGAGUGAGAGAGAGAGAGAGAGAGAGAGAGAGAGAGAGAGAGAGAGGGGGAGAGAGAGAGAGAGAGAGAGAGAGAGAGGUAAAGCCGAAAGUCAGCAAACGGAUGAAUCUCUACGUUUUUUCACGCGAGAAGAAGAUAAAAGAGAAGGAUAAAAGAGAAGGAGAGAGGAGAAAAAAAUAACUCACACGUUGCGUAUUAUCUACGCGGUUUUUACUUGGCAAACAAAAAUAAAAAAUAAUAAAAGAGCACGUUCGAUCUUGGAGUUUUAGCAAAACUUAAUCACGGAUCCUGAAAGUUUUCCAACACUGCCAAUAAGUUUAAAAGAAAAAUAAAACGUCUUCGUUCGUUAGAAUUGUUUGACCUGUGUUUUAGUAGAGAAGAGAUCGGCAUUCUCUCCCCCGAUACACGUAUUUUGUAAAAGGUGAGGAGAACGCGGGAUGAUAUUGUUUCGAACGUUUGCGUCCGGGGAUGCGGGAUGCGACUCUGAUAGUGAGAAUACUUGCGUUUUUUCUACGACACAAACACAGAUGGGUAUAUUUUCGCUUAUUUCGCCGACACCGUAAUUUACUAUAACGACGAGGACAAUAUAAUGAUAAAAGAAUGGAUCAAGAUUCCUACGAAGUACUGUACAGAGAUCAUUAGCCUGUUGAUGUUUAGACUAGGAGAGACCGCGAUAUCUGUUGCUGGACCCAACUGAUUUCAGAGUUAUUUUUAUAGGAGAGACGACUCAUACACACAUAUUAGUUCUCGAAUGUGAUUUUCUUAUAAGUAUUGCUAAUUAUACACGGACUGCUUUAAUGGCCAAUGUAAGUAUAAGGAACAGGUAUCUCGUUAGGGAUAAGUAACGAGCUUGCAACGGGGCCGCGAAGGUGCGCGAGGGUUCGCAGGUUCGAUGUCCGUCAUUUAAAGAACGUCAGGCGAUGGAGAUCGCCGGCUCUCCCUAGAGAUGAUCCUCGAGGCGCUACCGGACACUCCCGGACUCUCGUGUUCGCUUCGUCCGGCCGCGAUAACUACCUGCGUAAUGCACAACCAAGCAUCCGACGACUUUUCGCACAUACCAGAAACCCUUAUCUUUGCACUACGUGCAAACGAGUAAUCGGAAUCCGCGAAAGUCCGUACCUCGUACGCUCAUGAACUCCCAUUGGCACACACACACACACACA